AUGGAAAAAGGACUUACUAUAGUUCAUAAUAAAAUAAAAAGAAGAGAAAUAGAUAAGACCAAAAAUAAAAAUAUUAAUUUAAUAGAAAAUUAUGACAUAAAAAAUCAUAAGAAUGGAUCAUAUAAUAAUAAUGAUGAUAAAAAAAUUAAUAACAAAACUACAAAAAAUAAUAAUAAUAAUGAUUCAGAAAUAAAAAAUUAUCCUAAUAAUCUUGAAAAUGACUCUUUUUGUUAUGAAUGUUAUCAUGGGGGAAAUUUAAUUUGCUGCGAUAAUUGUAUCAGAUCUUAUCACAUAUAUUGUGUAAGCGAAUCGGACAAACCCCAACAAAAUUUUAAUUAUUGGUAUUGCCCCCUAUGCAAGAGAAAUGGUGUAUCUUUUGGUAUUCCUCUGAAAAAAAAAAAAAAAAUACGAACAUUAAGUACACUAGACAAUACUCAAGAAAAAGUGAAGCAGAAAAGUGAAGGAACUAAAUAUGCGGGAGAAAUAAAUAUUGGAGAGAAUUAUCAAGUAUCUAAUGUUUCUACAUUUUUUUUAAAUAGCCAUUCGGAAAAAUAUGACGAGGUCAGUAAAUCAGAGUUAGUGUAUUCACCAUAUUUGCUCGAAAGGAUGAAAGAAAGUUUUUUGUGUGAAGGGCAAUAUGAAUUAGUAAUAAAAAAUGAUUAUGAGCUAGCUAUUUUUAUAAAAGAGUUAGCAAAAAAUUGGAAAUGUCAAUUAGGAUGGCAUCCUUUUACUCCUGAAUAUGCAUUCAAAAUUUUACAUCGUGUGGAUUACAAUCCUAAAAGAGCUAUUGAACUUUUAAAAAGUUCUGAUUUUAACUUUUUAGAAAUAUGUGACCCACCAAUAAGAAAGUAUGAAAACAAAUGGCGACCUAGAGACAAAAGGGGCCAAAUAUCAGAUUCUCCAUAUCCUUCAUCGGAAUUACUACAAAGCUACAUAAAACGCUCGAUAAAUAUUUCUGUGGGUGAAAAAAAAUAUGGCUAUUAUUCAAAUGGGAAGAAUAAAAAUUAUUGUGAAAUAAAUAAAAAUAAUAUAAUUGAAUCUAGUUACCCACAUGAGCGAACAAGAAAUGCAUUAAAAAAAGAACUUGAAGAAGAUGAUGAAUCAGUAGAUAUAGAUGAAAUAGACGAAGAAGUUAUUGAUGAAAUAGGAAAGGAUGAAAUUGAAGAUUAUGAAGAUUAUGUAUAA